AUGUUUCAGAAAAUAAGUCAAGAGAAUAUAGAAAAUAUUAACCCAUGCGAUACAGAAGUCGCGCAUGUAGUUGCUGAAACUGCCAGUUCCCAAAAAGUAGAAAAUGUCACUCAGUAUCAAUCAGUCAGUCAAACAAAACUUAAUCUUGUACCAAACUACGAUAGCGAAGAUACUUCUAACGAAGAUAAGCCACAAAAACAACUAACGAACAAGCUUAUACAUAUAUACAGCCAACCGCAAAAUGACAUAGCCAUUACAACUACACCCGUACCUGAAUUGGAGGUAUACGAUAAUAGCGUACGAGAGCGAAGAUUGUGUACUAGAGAUGAUCCAAUUAUUAUUUCUCCUCGAUACACUGAUGAGAGUGAUUUAGAUGACGAUAUAGAGGACCCAACUUACAACUUUGAGGACAAAUUUGCUAACUUUUCUGGUCAUAUAAAUAAGAAUUAUUUAUUACCAUCGCGUUCGAACUCAGAUACUGAUUCUACAGACCAGCACGUCAAAGCAGGUCGCAAAAGGCGGAAACGUCCAGAAAACUGGAGACAAAACCGAAUGAAGAUAAAGCGAAACAAGGGUCAAUCCCACAAAUCUAUGUCUAAGACUCAAAAAAUCUUCCCGGCUCGAUGUUUGGAGCUGCCAUGCUCAAAUUGUAGACUGAAUUGUAGUCAAAAAAAUUAA